GAACGGGCGACGAACGGCUGGGAUGUUUUCAAAAAACGAGCGAUGAACGUCACACAGCCGUAGGCUACCGUUAACGUCCAAUAUUUAGGAAAUAACUGUUUAUAUUGCGCAAUAUUAACACACAGCUGAACCCGAACGACUCAAGGAGAACGUGAACCCCUGUGUAAAGGUGCAUGAUGAACCUACUGCGCUGUAGCUGUCACAGCUAGUCAGGUGCCACACCAUGGCCAAACCUGGAAGCGACAGAGAUGGAGCCAUGGUGGAUAAACAGGCGGGGAAGAAGAGUAAAGACAAGUUGUCCCCUUUCACCAAAACUCCGAAGCUGGACCGGAGUGAGCUGCUGGGGAAGGAAGGGAAAGCAAAGUCUUCUAUGAAACGCAAGCUCUCCUUCACCUCAAGUCCGCUCAGGACAGAGGAGCGAGACUCAGACACUGAUGACUCAGACCCAGGCCAGUCGAGUGAGACCUGGGGAGAGAGAUUAGUGCAUCCUUGCAGGAUAUACGCAGAGAAAGAUGGACCAGACAAGAAGAAGCUGAAAAAGGAGGCUGGGGGCAAAAAGUCCCAGGCCAACCUUUUGUUUGGAUAUCCCCUGUCAGAGCGCAAACAGAUGGCCCUCCUCAUGCAGAUGACUGCCAACAGUCCAGACUCUACUCCCAGCCAUCCCUCUCAAACGACCCCUGUGCAGAAGAAAGUCCCCAGCAGCACCACGUCUCGACAGAAGGACAAGGUCAACAAGAGGAACGAGCGAGGGGAGACUCCCCUUCACAUGGCUGCCAUCCGGGGAGAUGCCAAGCAAGUUAAAGAGCUCAUUAGCCUGGGAGCUGAUGUUAAUGUCAAAGACUUUGCAGGUUGGACUCCUCUCCAUGAAGCCUGUAAUCUCGGUUACUACGAUGUGGCCAAGGUCUUAAUCGCAGCAGGUGCAGAGGUGAACACGCAGGGUCUGGAUGAUGACACGCCGCUUCAUGAUGCAUCAAGCAGUGGGCACAAAGAUAUUGUGAAGCUGCUACUACGCCACGGUGGUAACGCCUUCCAGGCCAACAAGCGCGGUGAGCGCCCAGUGGACGUAGCAGACUCUCAGGAGCUGGAACAGUUAUUAAAGGGAGAGUUGCCAAUGUCGGACCAAGAGGACAGCUCAUCAGAGUCUGAAGACCCACCAUCUGUCGACCCACCAUCUGUCAACCCAUCCAGUGUGGACGACAACAUGGACGACUCUGAUACUGAAAAGGACUCGGAUGGUAAACCGUCCACAAAGGCUUCAUCGUCCGUGCCGGGGCUGGAUGAGUAUGAGUUCAAGGACGAAGAAGAGGAGGAGGAUCUCAGCAAAGCCCUUAAUGACAGACACAUCCUCCGGAGGGAACUGCGACAGCGGGAGAAGGAGGAAAAAGAAAGGAAUCAUGUGGCAGGAAAACAAAGUGGUAAAGGGGAGUCUACCUCAAAGUCCAAAAAGCAGAAGAUGCCUCGUGUCCACUGCAGCUCAGACACCUCCAGUGAUGAAAUGGAGAGCCUUCCAGAGAAGAGAAACUCCCCCACAUGUUCUCAGAGCUCAGAGAGCCUGAGGGCUGACACACGGUCAAAAAAGGAGAAUGCAGAGCAAAAGGAGAAGGGCAAAGUCAAGAAGAAGAGCAAAAGCCAGAUUAAAAACAAGGAAAACCAAGAGGAUGGGAAAGAGAACAGCAAGACUUUGGUCCUCUCUCUCGCAACCGUGUCUGAGAGCACAGAGAAGGGUCGAGAGGAAGACUCCUUCAAGAUGUCUUUCAGCCCGAAGGACGACUCGUCCGUCCACCUCUUUCAUUUGUCGUCCAUAAAAUCUCCGAAACUGAACCACAGCCUGACAGAUAAACAAACGCCACUCAAACAGGAAAAUACUAAGAUGUGCAUUUCCAUCAGUGACAGCUCAUGUCCGGUGGACGGUGUCAAAUACAACCACUACACAGAGGCAGACUACUGCACUGAAGGCUCGAGUACCAAAGGGUAUAAGCACAAGGAAAAGAGCAAACAUCAACAGAAAGACUCCAGUGUGGAUGGAGACGACGGCCAUUCGAGUCCUUACAAAGACAGCAGCAUAGGAAACAGUGUGGACAGCACUGACGGUGCCUUACGGAAGACUGACGUGGAUGGUAAAGUAGUAAAGAAGCAUAAACUUAAACACAAGGAGAAAGACAAACACAGGAGGGAGUACGAGGCAGAGCGGAGCCGCCACAGGCAGAAGGAGGCCAGGAAAGAUGGCCACAGGAAUUUAGAGUUUGACAGAGAGUUCUGGAAAGAAAAUUUUUUCAAAAGUGAUGAGACGGAUGAACCUCUGCAAGUUAAAAAAGAAGGUGAAGACAAUAACACACUGCAGAAGAGCUCUGAUUCCUCUCCGGUCAAAGAUGAGAGAAACACAAAGGAGAAACACUCCAGUAGCAGGGAAAAGAGACUAAGAGAGGAGCGGGAAAAAGACAAGGCGGUUAAAAAAGAGCGGAAGGAGGCUGCUGGUAAGGAGGAGAAGGUAAAGGAUUCAAAGCCGAGUGAGCGUGACGAGCGAGUGGACUGCCACGGCUCAGGGCGGAUUCCUGAGGAGACUCUGCAGAGCAACAGCUUGAAAGAAGAGACAGAAGAGAAACCCAUAAGUGGGAUCACAGCUGAUCAAGAACAGCUGGAGUCCUCUGAAAAAGGCUCACGUGAGAAAACUGACAAGAGGCUCCCAGGAAAGGAGAAAGACUCCGAAAAAAUGGAGAAAAGGCAUCCUGACAAAGAGAAAAAGGUUAAAACCGAGCACUCAGACAAAGCUGACACACAGAAUUCAGUGGAUCGUUGGAAAGAUAAAGAAAGAGUAGGAGCUAUUUCUUCCCACUCGCCUGGAGAUAAGAACUACAAAGAGAAUGAGAAGCUGAAAUCUUUAUCCUUAACAAAAAAGCAUGAGGACAGCAGGAGAAAUAAAGAUAAGUUUGACAAACGGUCUGAUAGGGAGAGGCAGGACAGAGAAUACGGUUGUGGGGAUCACAGAGAAAAGGAACGCAUAAACUCUGAUAAGAAAGGAAAACCUCUGGAGAAGGCCCCUGAUCACAGUAAAUCGGAUCGCUCUAAAGAAAAGGACUGUGACCGGAAAAGAAGAGAUAAAAUAAAAGAUGGGACUUCUUCAAGCUCCAAUCUCAAGUUACUUUUGGAAGAGAAGAAAAGCUAUCUGUCCGAGAGCAGUAAGUCCUUAUCUGCUAAAUCAAAGGAGGAAGUCAUAAGAACACCAGAGAAAGAUCGUGAGCGCAGGGAACGGGACAGAGAUUCAGAUAAACACAAGGAUAAGGACCGGCACAAAGACCGCUCCCAGCAGGCCAAAAUCAGCAAGGCCAAAGCCAAUGAAACGGAUGCAGACAAGGCCAAAUCAAAAGCCUCUUCAGCAUCACGGGAUGCCAAGCCCAAAGAGAAACGGCUUGUGAAUGAUGACUUGAUGCAGACCAGCUUUGAGCGCAUGCUCAGCCUGAAGGACCAGGAGAUUGAGCAGUGGCAUCGCAAACACCUGGAGAAAAUCAAACAAAAAGAGCGGGAAAGGCUCAAGCAGCGGCCUCUUGCAGAUUCUAUAAAGUCCAAGCCUAAAGACAGAAUGAAGCCUGAACCGUGCCUGAGUAAAGAGCUCAUGCGCUCAAAAAGCUCUGAAGCCUCGGACGCCCACAGCAGAGAUAAACCACUGAAGGAAGGGACCAGUCCCAGAACAAUGUCCCUUGAUGGAAAGACUCUGCCCUCUAUCAGCGCAAAGGUCAUGUCCGCUGUGGAAAACUGUCUGACCAGAUCCCCCAGACCAGAGAGUGAACGCUUUGGCCUCAUAUCGCGGUCCGUGUCGAUGGUUUCUGUUGCUAGCUCUGAGGAUUCAUGUCAGGCAACGACAUUAACACCCCGACACGUUGAAUACGACUCUGACAUGAACAUGGAAGCUUCGGACUCCCAACCGGCAUUCCUCCAGUCUUCCCUCGUCAUUCAGGCCACCAGAUCGCCAUCAGUUCACGACAAAGAUUGCAUCAGUCUUCCAGAUGUGCCGCUAGGUAAUAGGAUGCUGCUGCCCGUAAGACAUGAAUCUCCGUAUCUCAGGGCUAUUCUGGACGAGGAGGCAAAUUCAUCGACUGAAGGCAAAGCUGAAGAAAAUCUGCUGAAAUCUAGCCAACUUGUGGAGGAGAUGAUACCAAAAGAGAUCUCAACGGAAACAGAGGAGAGCCUUAGUUGUCAACAAGAUAUCAAUUCAGACCCUGAUUCGGCCACGGAGAGAGAAGGGAGCACGCCACAAAUGUCAAACAAAGACCCCGAGAGUAUAAUCCUGACAGAGUGUAGCAGCUCUCAACCUGGGUUGAAUGAGCAGAAAACGGCUUCCUCUCCUGAUCCUGCUUCUACCAAUGAAAUCCAGAGUCUGACAGAGAACUCGCAGGUCGAAUGUAGUGACAAGGAUUCUGAUCAACCAUCCAUUUCUUCAUCUUCUCUACCCACUGAGUCGUCAGCGCUCACAAAUACAAAAACCCUCCAGCCAUGGGAACCUCUGGCUGUUGCUGGAAAUGAGUGUGUGCCGCAAACAGAAACAAGUAGCACAGAUGUUUCUGACCAUGAAGUCAAACCUCUGGAGAGUGCUGAUAGAGCAGAACAAGAGAGUAUGGAAACUGUUUCAGAAAGCUUGAGAGCAGAGGACGUAGGCAGUCCUGUACCCUCCACCAGUUCACACAUUCCCUGCGCCUCUACAGGGGAGUCAGACUCCAGCAAAACAAACCCUGAGUCUGAAUGUUCUCCUGAGGACAUGGAUGUAGAUGACAAAGACUGUGCAAAACCAACUCCUUUCACUGACGCUGCAGGUUCAUGCCUCGAUGAUCAGAAGGAGAGUGAUGAAAGUAGGGCUCCUGUUUCUUCACUCAGUCCUGAACACAAGACUGAGGAGAUGACUGAUGUCCCGCAGAGCACGGAGAGUGACAGCACUGCUGCUGUUUCUGAAACAACAGACAGUUCUCCAGCUGAAGGCAGCGUGGCCACUGACGGAUUUUCCGAAUCCAGAGCCGAGACCAGCUCAGAGCCGAUGGAGGUGACCCCUGCCGAUGAUAAACCAGAGUCCUCUUCAUCUGGAGAAGAGCAGAGUCAAAGCACCGUCCAAUCAGCUUCUCACACUGACUCCAGCAACAGCUGCUCGGGGAGCUCCUCCCCACAAUCUGGGGAUCGGGAUUCUGAUUCAUCGGGGGCUAAAGUCAAAGUCCGCUCAUCAGACGAGGAUAUUGAUAUCCACGUGCCCCAUCCACGAAAGAGAAAGAUGCCCAAAUAUUCACACUCCCAGCCGAGCUGCACGACUCAGCAGGACAAGGAGAGAGGCCAGCAGUCUCUGGCUGCUAUAGUCGACUCUGUGAAGCUGGAGGAGAUUGAACCGUACCAGACGGAGAGGGCCAACCCAUACUACGAGUUUCUGCACAUCAGGAAGAAGAUCGAGGAGAAACGCAAAGUGUUGUGCAGCGUCACACCUCAGCCACCACAGUAUUAUGACGAAUAUGUGACCUUUAAUGGAUCCUACCUCUUGGAUGGGAACCCGCUCAGCAAACUCUGUAUACCAACGAUAACUCCACCUCCUUCAUUACCCGAGCAGCUAAAAGAGAUGUUUAAACAACAAGAGGUGGUCCGGAUGAAACUACGACUUCAGCACAGCAUUGAGAGGGAAAAGCUGAUUGUCUCAAACGAACAAGAGGUCUUAAGAGUCCAUUACAGAGCAGCAAGAACACUGGCCAAUCAGACUCUGCCUUUCAGUGCCUGUACAGUUUUAUUGGAUGCUGAAGUGUACAACAUGCCUCAAGACGUCCAGGUAAGCCAGAAUGAAGAUGGCAAAACAUCUGUGAGAGACCGAUUCAACGCCCGGCAGUUCAUGUCCUGGUUACAAGAUGUUGAUGACAAGUUUGAUAAGCUGAAGACGUGUCUUCUGAUGAGACAGCAGCACGAGGCGGCCGCCCUGAACGCCGUGCAGCGUCUGGAGUGGCAGCUCAAACUGCAGGAGCUCGACCCGGCCACCUACAAGUCCACCAGCAUCUUCGAGAUCCCCGAGUUCUACAUCCCGCUCGUGGAGGUCAACGACGACUUUGACCUCACCCCCAUAUGAGCUGCAGGACUGAAAGCGCUAUGCCACAGAGGCGUCCAUGUUGGCGACACGACACACCCUGCACAUUCGAGGAACAAGAGAGAAAAAUGUGAAGCACUUAAAACGUGGCUGUAACUCAGAAGAGCACUUAGGAAAGAGGAGAUUUCACUCCAGAGCUCUGACAGUCCGAUUCAGCUCGCCUACAAGGACUGAGUGGUCCUCGCACAGAAAACGAGGGUCCAGGCAGCAGAUGAAGUCCAGGAAGCAGAGACCAAAAGUCGGACUGGGUGGCGCCGGGAGCUGAAGCGGUGAGCAAAGUGUGGAGGAAGACCAGCUGCUCCUGCUCCUCAUCAAGCAGGGUGACACAAGAGAAAGGUUUCAAUGUUUUCAAAGUGCGUGUUCAUACAAUGUGUACAGACUGUGCUCUUAAUUUUUUAACUUAUUUUAUACAUAAACAAUUGUGCAUUUGUAAAUAGUCAUGUAAUUAUUGUUUUAAACUUGUAAAAACAAAAAAUAGAUAUUUUGAUUGUAAACUUGUUCUGUCUCAUGUUUUAAUGGACCAAAGUUGGUUUUUAUAUUGAGUCCUCUUCGUCCGUGAUGUUCUUGUUGUUGUUGGCUUAAACUCUUAAGCAUGUGUUGGCUUUCGUUGUGUUAUUUUGUUUCGACCGUUUCUUCCUUCCUCAUCUGGAGUUCCACGCCACAGCUGGUGUUUUCGACUUUGGCAAUUAAAUGCUGUGCAUGCGUUGCGUUGUUUGUAAUUUUUUCCUAAAAAGCUGUACUGUGGACUUAAUUGUGAGGUUUACUGACGUGUUCCAGCUUACUUUGCGCCAUUGUGUUCUGUCCUAUUUGCGGCCUCGCUCCUCAUGUGUCGUCCAUUGUGUCUCGCACACAUUCAAGUCUGUCGUGGCUUCCAAGGAGAAAAAAUAAACAUACUUUUACAGUUUCAAUGUGAGAUCACAACAAAACCUAUUUUUUCAACAUAUUGCCUUUUGAACGAUAGUUCUAAAAAAUGUCUAUUUUAAUAUUUACUUGUUACAUGACUUGUACAUAUUUGUAAUAUAUAAUUGAAUAAAUUUUAUUUGUUGUGAAAUUAAAA